AUGUUACCAAUAGAUAGGCUUCGCCACCCAAAAAUUCAACACCCCUCGAAUUUAGAUGAUAAAGACCAAGACAAAUUUCCAAGGGAUCAACAAUACCUUACUAUUCGAAAGCAGGCUUUGGUAAAGCUUAGAAAAGCUCUUAAUGAAACGUUGGAUAUAUUUGGGGACAUUAAAAAUAAAGAUAGUUAUGUAGCUGUGUCUUUUGAACACUUACAAUCUUCCUUUAAGGAAGCAAUUGAAAAGCUACAAGAUCAUUUCUCUAAUUAUGAAAGUUCAGUAGCUGCGUUUGAAGAAGUUGGUGAAUCAAGUUCUAGGCCUAAAAACAAAAAAAGAAAGGGCCCCUUCAAAAAGACUACACGGGCCACCACUGAAAUAAGCUCUUCAACUCAGUCAAUUGAUGAAAAAAUCAUAGAAAAUGGGUAUUGUGCAAAUAAUGAGUCAUGGGAAGCCUUGGAUAUUUGGGUGACAGAGUUCUCACUUUUUGUCUCUAAAAAUCGCCGGACCACGAUACCUUCGAGA